AUGCUGCUGCGGAGCGUGGCCGGGGGUGGCCGGGCGGUGGUCGUUGCAGCCCGUAGUUCGGGGGUACAGCUGCUCCCCUGUGGUGGGGACUGGUGCCAAGGGCUCCCGAGAGGCGGCAGCGGCGACGUUCACAAGCACCUUGCCGUGGUCAGAGGGUGUGAUGGCCGGAGAGCUUUUGGGAAGGACCACAAGGAAGUGGCCUCCCAGGUGGGUGCGGAUGGCAGUGUGCAGCGGGAUCCCUCCCUGCCCAGUGGGUGCCCCGCAGAGCCCCAGUACCCGACGCCGCCUGAGCUCCAGCCCCCCACAAACUGCUGCAUGAGCGGCUGCCCCAACUGCGUGUGGGUGGCGUAUGCGGAGGCGCUGCUGCGGCACUACCAGGACGGCGGGCAGCGGGCGCUGAGCGCUCUGGAGACCCACGUGGAGGACGAGAACCUCAAGGCCUUCAUCCGGAUGGAGAUCCAACUGCGCCUGCGCUGCGGCGGCUGA